AAGGCGGACUAACAAAUCCCACAAUCCCUUUCGUUUUUAUUGACAACAUCCGUGUGAUUAUUCGUAAUGUAAGCACUGACACGUAAAUGGUUUUGCUACAGCGUUAGGUUUUAAGGCUCGGUGUUUGUUGGAUUGCUUCUAUAUCACGGUGUUUUGACAGCUCGUCAGAUAAUCAUUAAAUUGUACUUUUACUCUAGCGUAUAAAAUGGCUGAUCACUGGAACAGAGGACAUGGCGCUGUAGAUGAUAUGCUGGAUGCAGAAAACAAACGCAUUGCUGACAAUCUCGCAACCAAAGUAUCCAGACUAAAGUCUCUGGCGUUUGAAAUUGACAAUGAGGCAGAGGAACAGAAUUCUUACCUGGAUGGCAUGGACUCAAACUUCCUUAGUGCAACUGGACUGUUGACAGGGAGCGUGAAAAGGUUUUCCACAAUGGUCCGUUCUGGAAGAGAUAACCGCAGGAUUCUUUGCUAUGUGUCAGUUGGCCUGGUGCUGAGUUUCUUUGUGCUUUACUUUUUAGUAAGGAGAAUACAGAACUAACAGAAGUUUCCAAUGUUUUAUACUCUGUUUUCUCAGUUUUAUGAGAAAUGUGCUAUUUAGUGUUGAUGCAGGACUUCAUCCUUAUUUACUUAAGGUAGUGUUCUCACCUAUGUGCUUGACUGGCAUCAUUCUGGUAUAUUGAGGAUGUUGACUAAAGCUCCCAAGAUUGGUGUCUGUUUUGUUUUAGAAUACAAACUGAAUAACACAAAUGCAUUAGAUUCCAAUAAUAUAAUAAACUGGUUAUUGAAACAUGUAAGCACCAUUUAUUAAAAAUUCUGUAUGACAUUUUUUGUAUUAAUUACAGAGCAAAUAACUAAGGAAAUUAUUUAUAUUAAAAGCAUUACUGAAAUAA